UUUCUUGAAGCUUGAUGAAUUCCUACACUCCCUUUUUCCUCUUUCCCUUCCUGUUCCGCACCCCUCUCUCCUUCUGGCCCAUCUCGCUGCCAAGCGCCCUAGAUCCCUACCCUCGCUCGUCUUCCUCCUCGCGGGAGCGCCGCCGCUCCUCCGUCCUACUGGCGCAUCCCGCUGCCGAGCGCCGCCCCAGCUCACUCGCUCGUCUUCCUCCUCGCGCGAGCACCCUAGACCCAUCCCCUCGCUUCUUCAUCCUCGCGCGAGCGCCGCCGCCCUCCCUCCUUCUGGCGCAUCCCGCUGUCGAGCGCCGCCCCAGCCCCCUCGCGCGAGCACCCUACACCCCUCCCCUCGCUCGUCGUCCUCCUCGCGCGAGCGCCGCCACCGCCGGUUGGUCUCCCCUUCGACUCUCUCGCUCCCGACCGUUUCUCCUCCCAUCACCCCACGAACCGAUUCCGCCUUUUAGCUCCCCCUUUCAUCUCCUUAAUUUUCUCCAAUUCGCAAGCGAGGCAAAAAUCAAGGUAGGGCGACCGCCCUACCUUGCCCUACUGGAUCCUCCACCUGUGCUGAGGAGGUAGGCGUUGCUUGCUGGAAAUGGUGUUGGUAGUGAAGCAGCACCGCUGCACGCACUCGGCGAGCUGCGCUUGCAUCAAGGGCCACCUCAGCGAGGAUGCGCUGUUCCUAGUCUUCCGCCACAUGAACUGGAACCCCAGGCAAAUCGCCAUCCUCUCCUGCGUAUGCAAGUGGUUCGAUGAGGUUGCGAAACAGGUGCUUUGGAAGGAGUUCUGCCAUGCCAGGGCGCCGAAGAUGAUGCUGGAUUUGCAUUCAGAUGGCAGCCACAUUGUCGAUGGGAACUGGAAGGCGCUUGGGAAGCUGCUCAUCUAUUGUAAUGGCUGCACAAAAGGGGGGCUGUUCAGCAACGUUCAUGUCCCAGGACACUUUGUGUUUAGGACACGCUUUUCAAGGACUGCGGGCAAGAGCUUUCUGCCUGUGCAGUGUAGGAUGGAUGUCUUGUAUGUUUCGGAUCCGUGUGAGCAUCUUGACCAGGGGGAAGAAGGCGACUUGGGUUUCUUCCGUGGCAUCUUCAAGUCGUUUGCCACUUCAAGGGUCAAGAAGAUCUUGAUUGAGAAGCGGGCUAGGUUCCAUCCAAGGGAGGUGUGCCCCUAUUGUAAGGCUAAGCUAUGGAACAUGCUGCAGGCUGAUAUGAUGCCGGCAAGUGCUUCCGCCAGGCUGGGUGCUUACGAUGAUUCUGUGGAGUAUUUCGUAUGCCUGAAUGGACAUGUUAUUGGAUUGGGUACGCUUCUACCUCUCUCGGAUUCUGAUGGGGCAGCAGAGGAAUGAUCUUCAGGAACUUGAAUCAGAAUUGCAAGAGGCCGUUCAACCAUAGCAGGCUGUGCCACAGGGACCAUAAUUGGCCUUGGCCCUAUCUUGGACUGAAAUCUGUUUCUUCAAAAGUGAAGAAAUAUGUUCUGAAUAUAGCCUUUACUGGUGACAGGUUCGCAAGAUGGAAUUCCAGGGUUUGUGAAUGCCUUUUGCUGAAUGUUGGUUGUGUUUAACAGCGAGAAGGCAAGGGCGCAGCCAAACUACAGGGCGACAAGAAUGUGCAGUCUCCGUCCUGGUGCUUUGCAUCGGAUGAAAAUGUUGUUUUUACAUGUUCUCCUUUUUAUUUGUCGAUUCCCUGUUGUUCUCGUUAUUGUAAUCGACACAACAACCUGUCGUCCUGUCCUACAUGUGCUGACAUGUAUGAAGGCAUCAUGAGACCGAGGUGUAAAAUUGGUGCUCAUAUUAUUUGUGUGAUGUUCGUGAUUGCAUUAUUUCCGUUCA